AUGGCGUAUCGGACCUGUCCCUCGGCCAGUUGGCCUCUGCCUCCACAUCUCCGCUGGCGCCUCCCGCUUCCCCUACAGCCACCUGCGCUUGCUCUCCUCGGCCCUCCACGUCCCGUGUCGCUAAGGAGCUCCCCUGAUCUCCAACCAAUCCCCACCGCCGCCGGCGCGAGUGCCGCCAGUGCAGACCACGCCGGGCCAUUCCCAGGCCGUCGCCAAAGACCUCGCGUCCUCUCCUACCCACCAGUGCGCACUCCAAAUCCUGCACCAGCCUGCCACCACUGGAUGCAGACCAUCUGUUCGUCAUCAGGCUUCAAAUUUAACAACAGCACCAAGCUGUCGGAGAAUGACAAUGCAAAGCUACUGAUCGCUCAAUUGGAGUUCCUCAACAAGGAAGGAAAGCAACCUGAGCUAUGA